UUCCGCGACGGGCCCGCCUCCAUUACGCAAGUCGGGUCGCGGAGCUUGGCCGAUGUAGACGUCGGCAGUAGCCCCGGGGAUUGGUGCCUGCAGCAACGCCAGCACGGCAGAGCGGUGCAAACACGAGGAGCUAUCCGAUGAUACCGCAAAGCUGACAGCCAGCGCUUCUGUGGCGAUAAGAAGCGGCGUCGGGGCGAAUGACGACGCAAACCGCCACGAGGCGAUAACGGGUGCUUCCUCCGGCCGUCCGCGCACAGUGCUCCAGUCGCGGCGGCCAUGGCAGCUCGGCCGCCGACGCUGCACCAGCCUGUGGCGUUGUUGCUGGCGAUGAUAUUACUGCUGCCGCCGCUGUCCACAACAGCGAAAGCAGUUGCUGCUCAGCCUGCCGAACUCCGGUGCAUCCCUCCGGGGGCAGCAACGGUGGCUGUCCGCGGAUGCUCCUGGCGACAACACAUGCCCCACGUGGAGUGCUCAAAGUUCCCGCCUGACGCGCCCGCUCCCGGUCGCGCCAAACUGAGCCUGGAUGCUGGAAGCGGCAACUCUAUCGACUCGAGGCCAGCCUUCUGCGUCACACUGACACUCUUCCAGAGAAACAGCUGCGACACCUGCUUCGAGAGCUUGGAAUUCCGGAACUUCACCGUGGGCUGGGCUGUAAUUGGCCCCCGGUGCAAGGAAAGGGACUGCCCGAUUGAAGUGUACAUCCUGGAGAGUGUUGCAGCCCUGAGUCCUCUAAAGUACAACAGUACUUCGACGGAGUUUUGGAAUUUCACAAGCCCAGUGUUCAGAGAAGAUGAAAAUUUUUUUAUCACUUUAGCUUUCAAUGCCAUUACCAUGAGGUAUACACGCUGUUCCAUAUCUUUAACGAACAUCUACAAUUUGGGAAAGACGAGCAUCGAAAAAUUGGUGCUCUACAACAAUGACAAUAUCAACACAGAUCUGAAACUGGGAAUGAUGCCAAAGUUGAAGCAGCUCGCAAUCGCAAAUAGCUCCAUUCUAGACUUUCCAGAGGAUGCGCACGUCCUGAUGCCGGCGCUGGAAAGACUGGACCUGAGAGACAACCGUCUGACAUCGAUACCGGCGGCCAUUGCGAGCAUGCGGAAGCUGGAGGAGCUGAACAUGCGCGGGGCGAGGCUGCGCCGACUGGCCGGGCAGCUGCCGCCGCUGCCGUGCUUGAGGGAGCUCAGCCUGCGCAACACUGGCCUGUGCUGCCUGCACCAGGAGCAGGACGCCUUCCGGGGGGUCCCCAACCUCGUGCUGCUCGACAUCUCGCACAACCAGCUGACCUCACUGGGAGAGGCACUGCGUGGACUCAACCAGCUGCAGUACCUCGACGUCUCUAGAAACCAGCUGACCGAAUAUCCGCAGCUGUGGAUACAGGACUGCACGGAGGGACUUCUCAGUUUUGCGUUCAAUCACCUGCGAACGCUACCAGACUGCAACAGUUUCUGCCAGAGCAGUAAAGUGCUGCUCCUUGACGUCGAAAACAAUCAAAUUUCUUCCUGGGAUGGCAGUCCUGACAUGCUGAGGUGCAUCUCGGGGCUGCACUUGUCGAACAACACGGUGUCGGAGCUGAGCGCGACCAUGCUGCGCACUCUGGACGCGGUGACCGAGGUGCAGCUGGCGCACAACCCGCUGCGGUGCGCGGGCUGCCCGCUGGUGCGGCUGCAGCAGUGGCUGGUGGGCACGGCGGUGCGCGUGCUCGGCGCCCCCGGCGGCGGGUCGGCGGGCCAGGCGCUGCGCUGCGCCGCGCCCCGCAACGUGGCCGGCAUGUCGGUGGCGGCGGUGCCCGCGGACCCCGCCUCGUGCCGGCCGCCGCCGCCGCCGGCGGGCGCGGGGCUCGCGCUCGGCCUCUCCCUGGCCGGCGCCGCCGCGCUCGGCACGGCCGCGGUCGCCGCCGCCUGCUACCGCUAUCGCUUCGAGGUCGCCUACGGAGCCCACCUGCUCAGGAUGCGCAUGCGCGCUAGCCGAAGUCGGCGCCGAGGCAAGGACGUCUCCGGCAACCCCUUCGAGUUCGACGCUUUUAUCUUGUACAGCAGCAACGACCGCCCCUGGGUGGUGGGCACGCUGGUGCCACUGCUGGAAAACGGACCACAACGCUACCGCCUCUGCCUUCACGAGCGGGACUUCCAGUUGGGCACCGUCAUCGUGCAAAAUAUCUCCAGGUCCAUGGAUCACAGCCGGCACACCAUCGUUGUCCUCUCAAAGAGCUUCCUCUCCAGCAGGUGGUGCCUGUGGGAGAUGGAUUUGGCGAACCACCGGACGCUGGACCCGUCGCAGCGCGAGUUCAUCAUCCUGCUGGAGCUGGAACCUCUGGAACGUUCGGCGCUGCCGCGGCACCUGCGCUUCCUCAUGGACACCCGCACUUACGUGGAGUGGCACCAGGCGGGCGACGUCCAGUACGAGGAGCAGGCGUUUCGCAGACUCAAGAGGGCGCUGGGGGCCAGCUGCUUCACCUGCUCUGACGUCAGCCGCUGCUGACAGCACCUCACUGCCAGAGCCAUCUGGACGGCAGCGGUUGUGGUCACAAUCAAACUUGCAGUCAGAUCACAGCCACAGACAGUAUUCAGCACCCAAGUCAAAAAAACAAAUGAUUUUCCACAAACACAUUCCAACCAGAAUCUAUCCCUUCCGUCUCGAUUUAUCUGCCGAUGAAAAAAGCCUUUGCGCCAUGCACCUCCUCUCCCAUCAACGUAACUACUGCAAAUACAUUACCUUUGUAUCCUUUGAUGUCAAGAAAGCCUACGAUCAUGUAUAUUAUUCUGGUCUCACUUUCAAGCUCCAAAUAUUUCCACUUACAGUUUCCUAUAUCUGCCUUACUGCAUUACAUCUGUUAUGACCAACAACUAUUCUUCACCUCAUGCCUUAGGGCUCCAUUCUCUUCCUACUCCUACAACUCGUGCACGCUCCGCAUAUACAGGGUGAACCAGAACUUCGCCGUUACUGUUCGUGGAUACCUCAUGAGUAUUUUGGUAGAAGGAGCCCAAGGUCUCUGACGGCUCGUUAAAGUUAUUGCAUUUCGUUCGGUUUCUUGCCCAAAUAGCUUUGUAUCUGAAAUAGUGCACAACAGUGCAAUGUCGAAGAUGUGCGCUGUGUAUCUUAUUUGUAUUCGGUCACGGUACCUGAUUCUGACAACCGUGAUGCCCUUUCAAACUCGAGCUUGUACUCAGUACUGCUCGGUUCCGUCUAAGAUUUUAUUUUCCAACAGCGUUACCAGUGAUAAACAGCAGUACUGUGGACAGGUUUGCUGAUGAAGCAUUGGCUGAUGUGCACCUCGUGUAUAGGUUCACUGAUGCAAUGGAAGAGCGACACAACGACGCAGUGGUGGCUGUUCCCGCAGCGACGGCAAACCACAUCACAGUACUUUUUCAUCUCUCUGAGGAUUGAUGAAUCACUCUGUGUUGUGUGUUUCAGUUGUGUUUAUUGCAUAUUACAGGCUUCGCUGUGAAGGUAUUUUGGCCUGCCAUCAUGUACCAACUUUCGGACGCCUGUCAUCACUCGUGAGGACAGUGCUGUAUCGGGAUACAAUCCUCCAAUCCACAGCAUUGUCCACCGCUACAGACAACAUCUCUGCGAUGGUUUUUUUGUGGUUAUUGUUUUUUUUUAAUUUCAAUAAAGUUACUUACUUAGUA